ACACACACACACACACACACACACACACACACACACACACACACAUUUUAGAUGAUGGUGGAUGUCACGCUGGCUCAAGUGGGCAAGAAUCUGACUGAAGCCAUGAGGAUCCUGGGUGACGGACAGAGAGAGCUGGAGGCAGGAACAGAGACACGGCGCUUUAGUAGAACCAGCAUUCCUGGACCCCUGCAGGGAGAUGGUCAGGAUGUUGCCACUAUACUGCACCUUGUUCACAACCUCAUUCAUGAAGAGGAGGAGGAAGAGGGGAAGGCAAACCAACAUAGGAUGCAGAAUGUGGGUGAACAGGGUCACAUGGCGCUGCUGGGUCACAGCCUGGCAGCCUACAUCUCAGUGUUGGACAGAGAACGACUGCGGAAGCUGACCACUCGGAUCCUGUCUGACACCACACUGUGGCUCUGCAGACUGUUCAGGUAUGAGAGUGGUUCAGCCUACUUCCAUGAAGAUGACAGGGAUGGUCUUGUCAAAGUGUGUCGGCUCGUCAUCAAUGCCCGUUAUGAAGAAUAUGCCUCUGAGGGCUAUGCAGUCCUCAGCUCCAAACAGCCAGUCAUCUACCAGAGCGCCUCCUGCAGGCCUGGUCUGGGACAGCAUCUGUGCAGCCAGCUCGGCCUGCCUCUCUCCAGUUUGUGCACAGUCCCAUGCAACACCAUCUUUGGAUCCCAACACCAAAUGGAUGUUGCUCUGUUGGACAAACUAAUCAAAGAGGACGUAGAUGCUGGGAAACUUCCUUUGCUGUUGAUCGCCAACGCAGGUACCCCUGGAGCUGGCCAUACAGACAAGCUGAGUCGUCUGAAGGAGCUGUGUGAUCAGUACAACAUGUGGCUCCAUGUGGAGGGAGUCAACCUGGCAACUCUGGCACUGGGUCAGGCCACCUCUGCUGUCGUGGCAGCCACCAAAAGUGACAGCAUGACGCUGACGCCAGGUCUGUGGCUGGGACUGCCUGCUGUAACUGCUGUCACCCUCUACAGACAUGAAGACCCAGCACUGUCUCUGGCAGCAGGUUUGACCUCCAGCCAGCCAGUGGAGAAGCUACGAGCACUGCCUCUCUGGCUCUCUCUGCAGUACCUCGGUCACAAUGGAAUCGUCCAGAAGAUCAGACACGGCACUUCUCUGAGCCAGCAACUGUUGCAGAAGUUAAAAAGUCUGACCUCCAUCAAAACAUCGGUGGAGGAUGAACUCAACUCUCCUGUGGUGCUAUUCAAGUUUUCCCAGGAAAUGAGUGCUGCAUCCAGUGGGGGGUCAGUGGAGGGUUACUGUGCUGGUGAGAAAGAGGUGCUUGAUACCUUCAACAGAUGGCUCGGUGAGCAGCUGGCCCAGCUUGUUCCCAACAGUGGGAUAGAUGUCGUGGAGCUUGAAGAUGAGGGUACCUGUGUUCGUUUCAGCCCCCUCCUGACUGCUGCAGUUCUGGGGACCCAGCAGGAGGAUGUGGAGGACCUGGUGGAGAAGCUAUCAGAGCUGGUGCCUAUGAUGAACUCCACAAUGUCCCUCAGACAGGACUUCAGAGAGGAGACCCACCGACACGCACCUUCAAUCAGAUAUAUGGAGGAGCUCAGCUGGCCUGGCCUGGGAGCUGUCCAGUACGUGCCACAGACUGAAGAAACGGAUGAGGGCCGGACACAACAGGAGCUGAAGAAAAUCAACACUGAGCUGCUGAAGAAACUACAAGAGCUUGACACUGACAUCAUCUUCUCCACUGGCCCUGAGUUUGGGACAGAGGACUGUAUCUUUGUGAGCAUGGUAACGGAGGACGUGGACGUUUCAGAACUGGUGGACACCAUAGCUGCACUGGGGAGGGACAUUGAGGAGAGUGGAAGGCUAUUGGAGAACAUGACAGAGGUGGUGAGGAAAGGCAUCCUGGAGGCAGAGCUGCAGCUGCAAAAAGCCAAUGAGGAGAAACUCAUGGAAGAGGGGAUGCUGAGACAACUUCCUGUGGUCGGCUCUGUGUUAAACUGGUUCUCUCCAGUUGAAAGCUCCAUUAAGGGCAGGACCUUCAACCUGGCUGCAGGUUCUCUGGACUCCACAGAGGGGACAUACUCCACUAAGGCCCAGGCAGGCAGGACUCUCCAGCAAGACUCUCCCACCUCCUCAUCAAAGAGACUGCCAGGUCAGAGGUUAUUCCGGCGCUCGGGGGCAGGCUCUGACUCCUUCAGUGAAACUAGCUCAGUCGGACAUGCUGAGGAGAUGACCAGGGAAGGCGGUGCCACCCUGAGCAGUAGCAUUCACUCACCCACCCCUCCACCUGUACCUGAGGAAGACUCGCAGAGUACAUGUGACGCCGUACCAAAGGAAGCUGAGGAGUUGAGCGUGCAGGAGCACACGCAGGUGGAGGCUGAAGAGGCCUCAGAGGAGAGAAACCCUGAAGGCCAAGAGGUGGAGCAGAGCAGUGGAUAGGACCACUCUUUCUGCAAGUGUCCUCCAGCCGUCCUCUAAAUGGUACCAGCCUAACAGAUGUUAAAAAAGAAAUGUUAUUACGUUGUGAAUCUAAUGCUUCCAGUUUUGAAGAGAAAACUGACAGUUUGCAUCUGUCCUGUAGUAUCAGCACAGCAAGAAUGUCAGAGUUAAUGGAAACAUUCUCCCCUGGUUACACUGUGAUGCUCAGUUCAGUGCAUUCUACUGAUUUGGUGAUAAAGUGUUCUAAUAUGAUAUUUUGACAUACCCACUUUUCGUCCGCCUGUGGCUGCAGCAUUCUGUUUUCAGAAUGCCCUUUAACCUCUCCCAGAAAGGGACCUGAGAUGUUGAGGCUGCUGUCAGGGGAGUUCUGGUUAGGGUGAAUAUCUCCCUGUAGGAUUGUUUCUGUCUUUGGAACUGCACUAAUAUUUUGACAGAAUAUUGUCACAUGUCUGAUUUAUUCAAAGGGACAACGAUAAUACAGUUCAUGUCAGAAUGGAGUGUGAACAACAUGCCAAAAGCAGUGAUAAUGUGUUUAAGGGUGGAUUUUUCCUUUAAAGUACAGUGACAUCCACGCCUGAUUAAUGUCUCUACACUUUUACAGUCAGUCAAUAACUACAGGGCGUCCUGUAGUGAAUAAAGAACAGGAGUAGAUGAGUAGCCAUAAUACAUACAGAUUUUAUUAGCUUUAAAAAGACACAGGAUUGAUUCGUGUCCAUUAAAUAGUCCGUUCACUUCACCUCCACGCUCGUAAUAAAACAGCUCAUUGUGACAGCAGUGAGUCUCACUACAAUUCAAAUGUUUAGAUUGCACCUCACUGUAAAUAGAUGAUAUUUAUCUAAUCUAACCCACCCAGUUAUUUACAAUGAUAGUCUAUGCUAAAAGAAAUCUGUAUGGAAGGAGUAUUGUGCAAAAUGGAAUCUAUUUAAUGCCUAAUGCCUACUGAUUAUAGCAGUCACCUGCUUAGAGCUUCAAACACUCCCUUCAUAUAUGCACUGCCCCACAGUACUAAGAUGGAGUAUCAAAGCCACUGCUGGGGAGGCUGGGUGGGGGGUGGGGGGGGACUCAAAGGUGCAAUGUGUAGAAUUUAGUGAUGGAAUUUAACAUUCAUAAGUAUGUUUUAAUUAUUGUAUAAUUCCCUGAAAAUAAGAAGUAUUGUGUUUUUUUACCUUACACUGAGCCCUUUAGAUCCACAUAGGGAGUGGGUCCUCUUCCACGCAGGCACCAUGUUUCUACAGUAGCCCAGAACAGACAAACCAAACACUAGAGAGGGCUUUUCACAUCAUUUUCGUGGCCAUUGUGGGUUCUCCUACAUGCUUGGAAGGGGAGGAGUAUUCAGUUGGUUGCAAUAUUGAACCUCACUAGAUGCCACUAAAUCCUACACACUGGUCCUUUAAAUAAAGAAUAAAGUUGGAAUAUUUUUGAAGAAAAGUAGUCAUUUUAUCAGAAAGUCACAAUAUUACAAUUAAAUGCUAUAAUAAGUCCUGAUAUUACAUUUAAAAAAAUAAUAAUUUUACAAUAGUUUGAUGAUAUUAACUCAUAAUUGUACAAGAAAAAGUUAUGAGACUUUGAGAUAAAGUUUAAGUUAUGAUGAUAAAAAGUCACAAUUACAAAAAUAAAGUUGUUAAAGAACAUGAUGCUGAAAGAUAAAGUAGACAUUUUAUGAGAAUAAAGCUGUUAUUUGAUUCAAAAUGUUUGGAGAACAACAAAAAUAUACAGAUGGAUUGGUCAGAGAUGUUCUGUUGCUCUGUGUGACUCUGCCACAAUGAUCCCAGCAGAGCAUCAACAUUCACUCAGUGCACAACACCUGGAAUCAUUUCACUUCAAUGUCCUCAACAACUCCCACAUACAAGAUGGAAUAUUAUGACUUUUUUCACAAAAGUUUGACUACUUUUACUUCCACAAUGUUUUGACUAACUUCUCCAGAUCUCAGCAGUGGCUCUGCUAUUAUUUCACCCAAUACAAACUGCAGCCACAGCUAUUGUGAAACAAACAAAAACCAGAACACAUUAUAAUUGCACUUGCAGCUGGGGCCAUAGUUAUAUGAACUUUUACAUUUUUAUGUAAAUCUAUUUUUAUUUUUUUUGUCAACAAUGCAACCUGAGUAAGAUGUGGCCUUCUGUCACAGAGGAGCAUUGCUUUGCAGGUAUUUACUGUAUGAGGAAUAUAUGUUUCUUUUUCUUUGCCAAAAACAUCUCGCCAGACCUGGAUCAAAGUACUGCGCUUUGAGGAUUACCCUUUAAACAUUUUUCAAGUGCCAUAGUAGAGGGCCAAAUGGGUGUUCUUUAUUUAUUUUGGACCAUUCAGUUGAUUCUGUUAGGUUAGGAAAUUCCAUAAUAAUCACAGUAAGCACAGACUGAUGAUUGUUAGCAUGUGUGCACUUCAUUAAGGUGAUUUAAAGGAUUGUUGUGUGUAGAGGUUCACCUGCCUGGGACCACCUGUGUGCUAAAUUGCUUACAGAAGCUUUCAAACACUGGGCCUCAUGUUAGGACAUUUUCACAUUCAUCUCUUACAUCUCCAUCAGUUUGUUCAUUGUUCCCAGGCGGAUUCAUCAAACUCUCAUAAAUUGCUUGUUUAAACAUAAUGAAUGCCACCUGCUCAUGAGGAGGUGUGUAUGAUUGACCCGUUUCAUUGUGUUUGCAAGAAAAUCUUAUUCACACAAAAAAAAUAAAGAAAAAGUAAAAAGAAUAAUUUAUGAAUGUAUGGAAGUAAAAUCCUGCUGUCAAAAAUAAUGAGAUGAAAACACAACUAAUCCAGCCUGGUAGUAGUCACACUACUGUCUGUAUGUACUGUCUGACACAGUUACAUAUGAAAUAAUGUGAUGGCAGUCAUAUUGAUGAACAAAAUAUAAAUGUGGCACAAAGUUUAUUUGUAUAAUGUGCUUCAUUUGAGUUGAUACCACUAUUAUAUUUCAACUAGAAUCUCAUUCAGACAAAGAAAUGAUAAAUCCUCUGUGGAAAGAGUCAGACUGUCUGUACAUGACUCAUUCAACAAGUCUGGACCACCUGGGAGUUUUAUCAAAGAUAAUAUUCUAAGUAAGAACAUUCAGUUAAAUCCUUCAUACAUACCGUUAAAGAACAAAUGUGUCUGUGUCAGUGAAUGUUGCAAGAGGCCCGUUGUGUUUUAUCUCUGCUGUGUUUAUCACACAGAUAUUUGAAGGAUCCCAAAGGUCCCCACACACUGUGCACGUUUGACCUUUCUCAGGUGAUUGAUUGUGAGAGAAGCAUGGUGAGUUCAUAUGAAUAAUUUAGAUAGAGACAAAAAAACAAACUGACCACUCAGAAUACAACAUCAAAUCACAUUAAAUACCGUGUCCGUCCUGAGAUGCAUGCAUGUAGAUAUGACCGCCACAUUUCUAUAGAACCCAUUUUAAAAUUCAAAUUCGAGAAAAAAUAUUGUCAGAACUUGUUUUUGCUGCAUUUUCAAAACAGGAGAAGAUUCAAAAAUAGGUGGUUAUAAAAAAUGGUUGUUUUUGUUUUUUUUUCUAUUUCCAUCAUUGCACAAAAAUGUAACACAUAUUCAUCAAACAGUCUGACACAAGAUUGUAUUACACCAUCUCACACAGUGUGAUAUGUAACGCACCUUGUCAAAAGGGGUCAAAACGUACGACUGGCAGUGUUGGAAAUGGAAUGAUCAAAUAGCAUCAGUGGUCAUGAAUCUGGGAUGGGAACCUUUCUUAACAUGCAAACUUCUGUAGCCUCAUAUUGAACAAUCUGAUGCAACUGUACACUACAUUGAUUAUUGGUGGCUUGUCAUUAGUGAUGACAUGAUUAUCAUUAAUGCAGAAUUGUUUUCUGUGUCAUUUGGAAUUGAAUGGCAGUGAAUCAGCCUCAAUAGGUUUGGCAGAAGUUUGCUUUAAUGUUGGUGCCUGACUGUAAAAACUCAAAAUGCCUAAAAGUGAAAGAAAAAACACACAUUACUUUAGUACUUUGAACCAGGUGCUGGUGGAAUAUUUACUGUAAAAUGUUAAAGUGGUUAUAAUAGAAUGGUUUGUUAAGGUAAAUGAAUUAACUCAGCGGGGAUGAAGAUUUUAAAAGAAUGGAGUUCAGCUUUAUUGCACUUGUUCUGUAGAUAAUUACUACUGUACUUUGUUUAAUUUCUUAUAUGAUGUAAAUGAAGCAAAAUCUUCUUAAUGAUUAUUUCUGUUGUGUGAUUACAAUGCAAAGCUAAAUCAAUAACUUUAUAACCUUCCAAGAACACCUUUGAUGAAGAACUUUUUGAUUUGAUAUGAUGAAAUGUCCUGGACCGUCCUGCCUGUCACUGUCUGUCUGACUGAUUGUAUUUAAUAAGCAGAAAUGUUUUCUACCUUUUAGUUUACAGCACAGAAACGCUUUGACAUAUUUUGUGUAAAUUCUGUCUGUCAACAGAUUAAAUUCUAAGUUUUGUAGUCCUAA